GGAGAGGGACCCGCGGGGGGAGAGGACAGCACUUCGCAAAGUCACAAAGGGGUCAACGUAAAUCCUUGAUACAACACACACCCAUAUCACUUCUUCGGAUUGUGAAAGGGUAAAGCGAAUCCUCUUGCACACACACCCUCUUCCUCUCGCUCCUUCUUUCUCAAACACACACUCGCUCUCUCUGCCCACUUUCAUCUUUCCGCGCUUACUCUCAAGCAGAUCAUCAGCAACUAGACCGGAUCGUUACCGUCAUCAACAGCUCGAAACUUACCCUUCAUUCGCUGGAUACAAGCUUGCAUCGAGAACGAUCAACCUCAAACAUGGCAGGAACUAUCAAGAAGGCCGCUCAGGCUGUAGCCAACGCUCUCCCUAGCGUCACUGGCGGGUCCUCGGAUUCGCAUUCCAUCUCGAAAUCGAGCUCUUCCUCCCGACCUACCGAGAUCUCUCUCCCCGCUUCGACCCCGUUCACCGGCAAUACCAGCGGGUCGGGCAAAACUCCUCGAACGCCUAGGACCCCGGCAGAUGAGGCGAUCGCUUACUUUUCUGCCGAGGGACAACAGCAGGAAGAGGUCCAGAUCUGGGAGCUCCCCUUGGAGGACGAUGGUGGGCCUAACGAUGCUAGGAGUUACAUCCGGCUACCUCCCCCAACCACCCCGUACAUCCUAAGGAUCUCAUUGUCUCCCGGUUCGGUCGGCACUCGGAAUGGAGUGCUCAAGUCGGAUUUCCCUAUCGACGGUGGCGCCUUUGAGCGAGGUGUCUGGAAGGAGAGGAAGUUGCCUGGAGAUGUGACCAAGCCUAUCAAGGUCGACCUACCCAUCUCUGCUCCUGGAGCGUUCUGCUACUACAUCGAGUACGACGAGACCUACUCCGCCAAUGCUUCCAGUAAACGCGUACAGAGCCGGAAAGGUUACUUCAACGUCGACCCGAUCAUCACCCUUCCCAUCCGAUCGUCGUUGUUCGAGGGCGAAUCGCUUCUGAACAAGCCCAACGCCUUGCUGCACGAUACCAAGCUCGGCAAGGUCGACGCUCCGGAAAAGACAGAAAACUUGCCCUUGGAUUCGAUCGCCAUGCUGUCGAUCAUUGCUAAAUGGCAAGGACCGUUGAACGAGUGGGAUGCGCAUUUCGAGGAGGCCGCCAGGAGGGGCUAUAAUUUCAUCCACUACACCCCUUUGCAGUCCCGAGGAUCUUCUGGGAGCCCUUACUCGAUUUACGACCAGAUGACGAUCGACGAGGCUCUGUUGAAGGGAGGCAAGGACGGGGACAAGGAUGGUGGGGUUAAGCAGGUGCAAGAAGCGUUGAACAUGGCCAAGGAAAAAUACGGGUUGGGGAGUUUGACCGAUGUCGUGUUGAACCACACUGCCAACAAUUCGCCUUGGUUGGAGGAACACCCCGAGUCUGGUUUCUCGCCGGCCAAUUCGCCCCACUUGACUCCCGCCUGGGAGCUCGAUACGGCGAUGAUCGAACUGUCCGGAAAACUCGCCUCGCUCGGCUUGCCCACCAAGCUCGAAUCGCAGGGCGACCUCGACCGGAUCGGCGAGGCCGUACAAAAGGUGAUCGAAGACCUGAAGUUGUGGCAGUUCUACGUGCUCAAUGUCGAGGCCGAGAAAAAGGCUGUCGGGUCUGCUAGCCCCAAGGAGUGGAAGGGGGAAGACGUCAGCGGAAAGAGUGAUGGCGAGUUGGUAGAAAUCGUCAAGAGGAACGAUGUCCUUACUGGAUACCGAUCUUACGGUGGAAGAUUCAUCACCAAGGCCGACCCUGCCGUCGCCGCCGGGUUCGUCAAGGCCGCUCGACCCAACGCCGACGCCUCCGAGACGUGGGGCAAGAUUGCCGAUAUCCUCAAUGUCGAUCUGUACGCCGAGGCCAACGACGAUGCAAAGGCCGCCAAGGCCAACAUUAUCGAUCGACUCAAGUACACCCGACUCGACGCCCACGGUCCUCGAUUGGGAGAGAUCUCGGCUAGCUCGCCCUUGAUCGAAAACUACUUUACACAUGUCCCGGAAUCAUCCAAGACGUCCAAGUUCCCCAAAGAGGCACUCUCGCUAGCUAACAACGGAUGGAUCUGGGCGGCCGACCCCCUGAGCAACUUUGCCGAGUACCCGGGCAAGGCUUACGUCCGACGAGAGGUCAUUGCUUGGGGCGACUGUGUUAAGCUUCGAUACGGCAAGAGCAAGGAGGACAACCCUUGGUUGUGGGACCACAUCACCUCGUACUGCCAGUUGUUGGCCGAGCUGUUUGAUGGUUUCAGGCUGGACAACUGCCACUCGACCCCGCUCGCCGUCGGUGUACACAUGAUCGACGCUGCACGAGCCGUCAACCCGAACCUCUACGUUAUGGCCGAGCUUUUCACCGGGAGCCAGGAGAUGGACUUGAAGUUUGUCUCGCAGAUCGGGAUUAACAGUCUCGUCCGAGAGGCUUACAAUGGAGGUAGCCCUAAAGACUUUUCCGGGCUCCUGUACGAGUUUGGAGUUACCAAGGCUAUCGGAUCGAUGAGCGGUGCCUGUCUUUCCAGCAAAGAGGACUUUGUCUCUCCCGUCGGCAAGGGCGCUAUCCGUCAAGCGACCGUUACCCCGCUCACCGGUUCCAAGCCGCACGCAUUCUUCUACGACGUCACCCACGACAACGAGACCCCGGCCGACAAGCGGACCGCCGAAGACGCCCUGCCCACAGGAGCGCUCGUCACCUUUACUUCGGCGGCGAUCGGUUCCACCAAGGGAUUCGACGACUUGUACCCUAAGCUUCUUAACCUGGUUUCUGACAACCGCAAGUAUGAGGUUAGCACGGCCGACCAGGAGAACGGUAUCGGAAGGGUCAAGCGCGUCCUCAACAGCUUGCACCGUGAGCUGGCCACUGGUGGCUACGUCGAGGGCCAUGUACACCAAGAGAACGACUACAUCGUCAUGCACCGUGUUCACCCUUCUUCGCAUAAGGGGUACCUUUUGGUGGCGCACACUGCUUUCAACAAGGGUGCUUCGGGACGUGGUAACAUCGCACCUUUCAAGCUCAGCCGACAAGACGUCAAGUUCCUUUGCGGUGCCUCGUUGCAGACCCACCCUGAUCAAUUCAAUGAGAGCGACCAGACGUUCAAGAGUAUUCCUUCGGAGCUCGUCGAGAUUACCGAGUGCGAAGUCCGCGCUGGCUCUGACGAGAACGGAUCGUUUGCCGAGGUUGUUGUUCCCAACCAGUUCGAACCGGGUUCAAUCUUGCUCUUCCAGACCGAGAUGAAGGACGACAUCAAGAGCGAUCUCGAUCAGACCAUCAUCGAAGGCGCCAUCGCGGCCUUUGCCGACCUCAACCGUGUCGAGCUGAACGUCGUAUUGCACCGAGCUGAUGGUGAGGAGAAGGAUGCCACCGGCGGCGAUGGUGUUUACGACAUUCCCGGUCUGGGCCCGAUGCCUUACUGUGGUCUCGAAGGGUGGAUGUCUCAUCUUCGUCAUAUCAUGGAGCACAACGAUCUUGGACACCCCUUGUGCGCUCACUUGCGACAGGGACCUUGGGCUAUGCAUUAUAUCGUCAACCGACUUGAAAAGCAAACCGACACCUUCCCUGGUCUCGCAAAGCCGGCCAAUUGGUUGAAGGAGCGUUUCGACUUUAUCGAACGAUCGAUAGCCCCCUUCCUCCGCCCCAAGUACUUUAGCAUGGUCGUUUCCGAGGCUUACAAGGCCGCUCGUCAAUCGGUCAUUGAGCAGUGUUCCGACUUUGUGGCCUCCGGAACCUCAUUCACCCAUGACCUGGCGCUCUGUGCCGUCCAGAUGUACGGUCAGGUCAACACCGCCUCGAUUGAUCCGUCAAAGCCAGUGCCUUCUCUCGCUGCCGGUCUACCUCACUUCUCCGCUGGUUGGGCGCGAUGCUGGGGACGUGAUGUGUUCAUCUCGCUUCGUGGUCUGUUCCUCACUACGGGCGACUUUGGAGCCGCUCGAGACCACAUUCUGGCCUUUGGUUCCACCCUGAAACAUGGUCUCAUCCCCAACUUGCUCGAUUCAUGCCGCAACCCGCGAUACAACUGCCGAGACGGUCCUUGGUGGUUCUGUCAAAACAUCCAGGACUACACCAAAAUGUGCCCGAACGGCGAGGCGAUUUUGAAGGACAGCGUCAAGCGGAGGUUCCCGGCAGACGACUCUUGGGUCGCUUGGGACGACGAGAAGGCUUACGCCUACUCCAGCACCGUGGCCGAGCUGGUCCAGGAGAUUUUGCAGCGUCACGCCGAGGGUAUCGAGUUCCGAGAGUACAACGCUGGUCCUAAUUUGGAUAUGGACAUGAGGGACGAAGGAUUCGACCAAAAGAUUUGGGUUGACUGGAAGACCGGUAUCAUCUUUGGUGGAAACAGGUACAACUGUGGUACCUGGCAAGACAAGAUGGGAUCCUCGGACAAGGCUGGUAACAAGGGUUUGCCCGCUACUCCUCGAGAUGGUGCUCCGAUCGAAAUUACCGGGUUGUUGAAGAGCACCCUGACCUGGGUGGAUGGGUUGGUCAAGAAGGGCUUGUUCCCCUUCAAGGGCGUCGAUGUCACCAUCGAAGGCCAGAAGAAGAGCAUCACUUACAAGGAGUGGGCGGAUCUUCUUCAAGCCAACUUUGAGAGGUGUUACUGGGUUCCCGAGAACCCGGAAGAGGACGCCUCGUUCGACAUUAACCCCGGCAUGGUCAACCGACGAGGUAUCUACAAGGACGUCUACGGUACUCCCAAGGACAGGGAAUGGUCUGAUUACCAGUUCCGAUCCAACUUCCCCAUCGCCAUGAACAACGCCCCCGAGCUGUUUACCCCGGAGAGGGCCAUGAUCGCGCUCAAACUGGCCGACAAGCACUUGAAGGCCCCCCUGGGGAUGAGGACGCUCGACCCGGCCGAUUCCGCUUACCGAGGUGAUUACCACAACUCGAACGAUUCGGACGAUCAGGCGAUCGCCAAGGGUUGGAACUAUCACCAAGGUCCGGCAUGGCUCUGGCCUUCGGGCGACUUUGCGUUGGCGUGGUUGCACUUUGAUCAGCUCGCCGGGGAUGGCAAGCAGGACUUCCAGUUGACUCUGCAUCAUAUCUCCGAAUGGUUGUUGAACCACCGCAAAUACAUCUCGACCGACAAGUGGAGAGGUCUUCCCGAGCUCCAGAAUGAUCACGGCGCUUACUGUGCCGACAGUUGUGAGACUCAAGCAUGGAGUUCGAGCAAGAUGCUCGAUACGCUUCAUUACAUUUACACCAAGCAGAACCAGCAAUAGAAAAGCCGUCGUCAUAGAGGUGGACGGAGUGUGUCAUGUUUGUGAUCUAUAUAAUUUCUCUUGUUUUUGGGACCCUUUUAUACAUGUUAGAUAUUCGAUUGACCGUAAGGAUUGCUGCGA